AUGGACCCGGUGGCGGGGAGCAUUGCGAAGGAGCUCCUGGAGCAACCGCAGGACGGAGCGCCGCGGCCGAUAGAGGCAGCCCCGCCGCCGUUCCUCACCAAGACGUACGACCUGGCGGAGGACCCGUCGACGGAUCAGGUGGUGUCGUGGAGCAGCGCCGGCGACAGCUUCGUGGUGUGGGAUCCGCGCGUCUUCACCGAGGUGCUGAUCCCGCGACUCUUCAAGCACAACAACUUCUCCAGCUUCAUCAGGCAGCUCCACACCUACGGUUUCAGAAAGGUUGAUCCUGACAGGUGGGAGUUUGCAAAUGAAGGUUUCGUGAGGGGUCAAAGACAUCUCCUGAAGAUGAUCAAGAGGAGGAAGCUGCCGUCCAAGGUGCCUCCAUCACAGCAUCAGGCCAUCACGUCUUGGCUGGGGGUUGGUCAGUUUGGAAUUGAGGAAGAGAUUGACAGACUGAAACGUGAUAACAACAUCUUGAUCACAGAGGUAGCGAAGCUAAGGCAUGAGCAGCAGGCCAUUAAGGAUCACGUGCAAGCCAUGGAAGAGAGGCUAAGAACUGCUGAACAGAAACAUGCCCAGAUGAUGGGGUUCUUGGCAAGAGCAAUGCGUAACCCAUGGUUCUUCCAACAUUUAGUUCAACAACAGGAUGAGAGGAAGGAGCUUGAGGAUGCCAUCUCGAAGAAAAGAAGGCGGCCCAUAGACAAUGUUCCAUUCUAUGGCCUUGGAGUAACAAGUCAUAGCAAGCAACAUGAUUCGGAGUUGUUUGAUUCGGGUGUCCUUACUGAGCUCAGUGAACCUAGAAUGCCUGGUCUGAACAAUGAUCAGAACAUUCAGGAGAUUGGGAAGGGUAACAUAGAUGAGGAAAAGAUGGAUCAAGCUAAUGGGCAGGUGGAGCUCAACAAUGCAUUUUGGGCAGAGCUGUUUUCUGAUGAUUUUGGGGACGGGUCUAGGCUGUCAGAGUUGGAGGGAAGGAGACCUCAGGAUAUCGAUGAACUGGCUCAGCAGUUAGGGUAUCUGAGUUCUACUAUCCCGCAGUAGAGUUUUGUCGACAAUAAUUUACUUAACCAACAAACGUUGCUUCUUCAGUACUAUUGCCGACCAUCUUGAACAAUCUGGUACAUUUCGUAUUCAAUGACGUAGAUAUGGUAGUGUAAUGGAUAACAUGUUAACAUUGGUAAUAAUGCAGUGACAUUCUAUGGUGCUGCUUAAAUCUGCAGAAGUGAGGGUUAGAGUAGUUAGUAGUAGUUGGAUCUUUGCGAACG